AUGAAGUGGUGUGUCCUAUUUUGUGUUUUCAUCAUCUGUUUUAUGUCCAAUAAUUUCUGCGGUGCCAGAUUCAUUCCUGAAGGAGUCCCUUAUGAUGAGCCCCCUGCUGUUCCAUACUGGCCUUACUCUACCACGGACUUCUGGAGAUAUGUGGAAUAUUUCCGCAGCAUUGGAGCCUAUAAUCAGAUCAACGAGAUGGCCAAGACUUUUUUUGCUCAUCAGCAUCUUGGAGACACAUUAGGUUAUGAAGUACCAGACCAGGUGGAACACUAA